AUGCAGGCUGCUUCUACAAACAUUUGUGAAAGAAUGGGUCACUCUCAGGAGAAUAGUGAAUUCAAGCGUGGUACUGUGAUAGGCUGCCACCUGUGCAAUAAGUCCAUCCAUGAAAUUUCCUUGCUAUUAAAUAUUCCAUGGUCAGCUGUUAGUGGUAGUAUAAUAAAGUGAAAGCAACUGGGAACAACAGCAACUCAGCUAUGAAGUGGUAGGCCACGUAAAAUGACAAAGCAAGGUCAGUCAAUGCUGAAGUGCACAGUGUGCAGACCUCCAAACUUCAUUUCCAGUGAAAGGAACUCUUAAUGCAUCAGCAUACCAAGACAUUUUGGACAAUUUCAUG